AUGUCUCUAAGUUUACUAACCGCUUAUUCCGAUAACGAGGAUGAAGAUGAUGAGCUCUCCGAUUGCUCAGUGCCAGCACAGGAUGACGUAGUUGUAGCUUCAACGUCUACAGCGAGUGAGCAAAAGAAAAGCUCAUUCUUUUUCAAUGAUAAUGACAGUGAUUCCGAUGAAGAGCAUGAAGAGAGCAGGAAACGAGAAAUGCCGGCCACUACAUCAGCAGAAGAGCCACCUAUAAAAAAAUUGUUACCAAGUGCUAGGGAUUUAUUUGAAACUAAUUUAAUUAAAACAAGUGUAUUUAUGUCAGAACAGCAAAGAGAGGAGAGCCUUCAUCACGCUAGACUAAGUCAGCAUGUACCUCUUACGGAACAGAUGAAGGAUAUUCCAAAAUCAAGAAAAAUAUGCAGGGAUUUCACAAGUGGUAUUUGUAAAAGAGGGAAAAAUUGCAAGUUUAGCCAUCCUCCACCUGCAACACCCCAACAAGUCGAAGAUGCGACGAUACAAAGUCAACCGCGCAUGUAUACAAGCACUGCUGAAGUUUUAAACCCAAAGAUCACAGGCAGCACCAAGUGA